CUGGAGGCUCAGUGACGUCAUGGAACCGAGGUUCCGUACGCUGGGAAGCGCUGCUGCCUGCUGAGUUCCUCCCCUCUAGAGGAAUUCGGCAGCCGCGGUAGCAGUGCCGGAGAAAGAUUUCUAAGGAACUUGUGCCGAGAUCGCGGCGGAAUUUGCUUCUGCGGCUCUUGUGGGUCUGGGAAGCUGCUGUAGCAGCAAACGCUCCCCGGAGCUUGGAACGCGAUGAAGAUGAUGAGCUCCCCUUGGGCUCGAUUUUAUUCCAACAGCUGCUGCAUGUGCUGCCAUGUCCGCACUGGGACCAUCAUCCUCGGGGUCUGGUACCUGAUCAUCAACUCGGUGGUUCUGCUGAUUGUACUGAGUGCCCUGACAGACCCUGGCCAGUACCACUUAACGUCUGCUGAACUGGGGGGUGACUUUGAAUUUAUGGAUGAUGCCAAUAUGUGCAUUGCCACUGCAAUUUCUCUUCUCAUGAUUCUUAUUUGUGCAAUGGCCACAUAUGGUGCAUAUAAGCAACAUGCUGCCUGGAUCAUCCCUUUCUUCUGUUACCAAAUCUUUGAUUUUGCACUCAAUACCUUGGUUGCUAUCAGCAUACUUGUUUAUCCAAACUCAAUUCAGGACUACCUACGGCAACUGCCUGCUAACUUUCCCUACAAGGAAGAUAUCAUGUCAGUGAAUUCUACCUGCCUACUUGUGAUUAUUCUCCUUUUUAUAAGUAUCACUUUGGCUUUCAAGGCUUAUCUGAUCAGCUGUGUAUGGAAUUGUUAUCGAUACAUUAAUAACAGAAACAACUCUGAUGUGCUGGUCUACAUUACUACUAAUGACACAGCGGUGUUGUUGCCCCCGUAUGAUGAUCCUGCAAAUGGUGCCGCCAAGGAUCCACCACCACCUUAUGUCUCUGCAUAAGCAACAUGUGAAAUGUUCCUGAAGAACAAAUAGCUUUACUUUUCAAACACCUGAGCAAUAGAUUUUUCUCUUUCAAGAUAGAUGUAUAAUCUCCAACAUUUAUUUAUUGCUAUUUUGCUGUAGUUAACUUUUCAUCUUUUUCUCUUUUUGGGGGGUCUAAAGCAGCAUUGAACUGGCUUGAGAACCAUCUUGACUAGCUACAGUGACAAUUGCCACACUUGUAGGUUUAUUUCUCCAUGUACAAAAUCUGUCCUUGACUUUAGUACUCCUCCCCCUAAAAUAAAAACAAAAAGCUCUAGAGCAUGGAAUUGGUUGCUAUCAACAAAGUUUCCAGAUCAACAGGAACAGGUUUUUUAAAUCUUUCUUGCCUCAAGUUCUAUUACUGUCAGUUUAAAAAGAGAGUGAGAAAGCCAAAGGCAAAACAAAACAUUAUCGGAGACAACAAAAGUUUAGUGUUUGUAAAAUAAAAGUCCCAAGUCCUGAAUGUUCUGAGCUAGGCUGUUCUUAAUCAUAAGAGAUUGAGAACAAUUGUUCACAGUUCUCUUACAGGGUAGCAAACAUUGGUGUGCUCAAAACUUGGGCUUUUCAUCAUAGGUAGCUUAACACUGAAAUCUGAAGAACACACUUUCCUCUGACUACCAUUGGACUUUGUUAAAAACGUAGCCUUUUUCCUUGAAAAGGUCAAGCUUGGCUAGAAGAAACAUUCUCUCUGCUCUGACUAAAAAGAUGUAUUCUGUCUUUGGUGAGUCAAAGCACCUAGUUCAGGAAUGCAGACUGGAACUGCUGGGGGUGAGAGGUGGCAGGUCCAGGCAUCGGAAUUGGGUGGCAUUGGCAUAAAAUGGAGUCUUUCAGCUAUUUGGGUCUAACUGUCCUUGAAUGGGCCAAUUAAGAGAGAUAUUAGCCUUGUUCUCACAACCAUCAACUGGGUAGGACACGCAUUUGACCCAGCUUCAGGAGCUGUGUGCACUCCCAAUUUUCUGAUUGUGUGAAUAAAAACCGAGGUAGGAGGAGGAGAAGGUGAUCAUAUGGAAGCCUUGUGCUGGGUAGGACAGUUGUUGAAUGAGGUUGGAGGGAAAGCCAUCCUACCCAGUGUGAGGCCCCCACACUAUCACUUCCCCUUUCUACUUGGGUUUGUAUUCUCACACUAACAUAAAUAGAGAGCACACAAGCCUCCUGGAGCUGGGUAGAACACUUGUCCUAACCAGUUUAUGGCCAUGAGAACAAGCCUAUUGCAUUCACCACUAGCCUAUUUGCCCUUCCUCCUUGGAUGUGAUCUUGAUGGGGUUCUCCGUAAUGUAGCUUCGAAUCUAGAUCUUGAUGUGGACUGUUCUGGGGACCCUGCACAUGAAUGAAUUUCUUAAGGUCUUGCCAAUCCUGCGAUCCAGUAUUCCUACUGAUACAGCAGCUCUUCUUUACAGCAGGGAGGAGUCUGAUAUUAGCCUCCAUUCGCCUCCCACUCUAUUCUGCCUCAUUCAUUGUUUUUAAGGAGUACUCCUAAAAUGUUGUUUUUUAAAAUGGGGUUGUGAAACAGCCACACACACACUUUCUGCUACGUGUAUCACAGGUGCAGCUCAUGCAGUGGCACAUGUGUCUGAUGCAUAAUAUUAGCAUGCCAGAUGUGAGGUCUUUGAUUCUUAAAAUAUCAUGGGGAGAUGACACCCUUGUAUUAUGCAGGAUGCUUCAAGUGUAUCUAGAUGGUUAAUCCACUUAUCUUUAUGGCAAAUCGAUUUGCAAAUGGAAAGGGAGCACAGUCCCUAAUCUGAUAAUGGUUCAAGUUCCAUAUACAAGUUCUGUGCUUCAGUCUGAGGGCGAUUUAUUUUACUGCUGUCAUAGUUCUGGUGAUAUCCUUUGUCUGCUUGUUUAGUUCCAUCUAGCAAUUACAAAUGUGGGCACAACACUUCUAAGUACUUCUGGAUUCCUUUGGUUUCAAUGAAAGUUAAAUUGUAUUCUCCUAUUGAAACUGAUGGUCGUUUAACAAUACUGAAUGUUUUCUGGAUUGUGCCCCAUGUAUGUUGAGACCACACCAUUCAUUCUUUGAGUCACAUGGUGAUAUAAAUAAUAAAUAUCUCCUUGAGUGUCCAAAAUGUGAUUUGAUUUUAUUUUUUCCCCAUAUGAGCAUGCCUGUAAAUAUAUGCACUUCAGGAACCAUACGUUAAGGCAGGGGUAGGCCAACUUGGCUCUCCAGCUAAUGCUGGACUACAAUGCCCAUCAUCCCCAGCUACAGUUUAUUGUAGCUGGGGAGGAUGGGAGCUGUAGUUAAACAGCAUCAGGUGAGCCAAGGUGACCUAUCCCUGCCUUAAGAUGUACAAGUUCUUAACAGCUGGAUCCUUGUGCAUGUAACUCUCUUGGGUCAUGUCUGACAAGUCUGUAUAUAUAUUUAUAUAUCCUGCUGUCUGUUUUGGUGUGAAAAUAGUGUGUCCUGGUUUGCAUCAGAAAUCAUUCCACAGUGCUGGGGGCAGUUGUUACUAACAACGUGGCUCUUGUGUAGCGGUUUACAACAUUUAUAUGGUAUCUUCUUUAUCCAGUUAUCCAUGCCCUUCCAGAGAGGCCACAAUUAUUUCCAUGUUGCAAGUAUGAGGCGGAGGCAGAGAGAAUGACUAGCUUAAGGUUACCUAGUGAGCUCAUGGCAGAGUCAAAAUCAAACUGGAGACUUCCUGGUAUGCAGCCACUGCACUAUACCAGUGCAAUAUGCUUUUCAUAGUACUCCCUUAAAACAAAACAGAAUGGUGCCUCCUGCACAGAUAGGUGUAGCUUUUAUGUUUUAAAGUUCUGAUGUCAGAAGUUUGUAAAUACGGAAAGAUCUCUUGCCACCCCUUCUUUCUUUCAAGACAGUCCCUCUUUGCACUAUUUGGAUACAAGUAGUAAGUAAGAAUUUCUCUUUGCUGUUUUUAGGCUUGGGCACUUUGAUACCUGCUAUGGAAAACUCCUGCCACUAUUGUGUGGAGAUUAGAGGCAGGCUGAGAUAAUGGUACCCCUCAAUCAGUUACUUAAAGCAACCAGUAACACUCUUGUACUGCUUUGUAAGAGGGAAAACAAAAACUGUGUGGACAGGUGGGAUAUGAUUGUUGGGGGAAGGAUCACCUUGCAAGAAGGAUAGAACAAAAACUGUGCACUGCAGGAUUCUGAAGGAUGAUGCACUAAUCCUGCUUUAUAGACAAGGCUGUGUGUGUGUGCACAGAUCCCACAGAGGAACAGCAAAAUGCAGUACUGGCUGUAGGAUCCAGCUUCUUAAGAAUCUAGUUUCUAGUCCUUAUGGUCAUGAGGAUAUGCUUGAGUGUGUGAGGUGCUUGGUGAAGUCUGGCGGGAGAAAAGCUGUUUAAUGAGACUUCUUGUGGUCAGAGGAAGGCAGGGCUUCAGGACUCUCUGUUGCUCCCUCCCUGAUUUCCCAUGACUAGCAGGAGCAGUUUACAUGAUGCAACAUGAGAAAUCAUCCAGAUUGAUAUAAUUCAUACAGGCUGCAGUCCAGCUGCUGUUGUCAAAGUUUGGUUUAGCUGGUGCAGAAUAUUUGUACUUUGUAAUAUAUAUUGUAUAUAAUCUGCAACAUACUACAUCAAGACUACACAAAGUCCUGUUUUAUAUAGACCAGUCACCCAGUCUUGCCUGACCUGAGUAGGACAUAAGGAAACCAAAGGCAAGCCACCUCUUAUUAGAUGGGUCUGCUAUUGUAAUCUACCCUUUUGCAGGCCACAGAAGAGAAAGAAGUGCAGGAGAGCUGGUCUUGUGGUAGCAAGCAUGACUUGUCCCCUUAGCUAAGCAGGGUCCACCCUGGUUGCAUAUGAAAUGGAGACUAGAAGUGUGAGCACUGCAAGAUAUUCCCCUCAGGAGAUGGAGUCGCUCUGGGAAGAGCAGAAGGUUCCAUGUUCCCUCCCUGGCUUCUCCAAGAUAGGGCUGAGAGAGAUUCCUGCCUGCAACCUUGGAGAAGCCACUGCCAGUCUGUGAAGACAAUACUGAGCUAGAUAGACUAAUGGUCUGACUCCGUAUAUGGCAGCUUUCUAUGUAAGUGUUCUCUACAUGCAUAGGUAGCAUGGAGGGACAAGUACCUCAGUUAAGUAGCAUACCACUUUAUAUCCCACCCCCGGCCCCACAUUGCUGAAUGGACCUCUGUCACUGCUUGCAGGAAAGAUACUUUUAAGAGCAAUUCUCCACUAACUUCCAUGAAUUAGUGACAAAACAAGGGUGAAGAAGAGAACUCCAGAGAACAUAAGAUUUAAUAUGAAACAUGGUUAUAUCUCCAGAAAUUUUUACAUGUGGGACAAAGCUUGCUCCCCCCAGCUGAAAUAUUCUGUCCCUUCUGUGAUCCCUGUAUGUCUUUUCUGGUGAUACCACUGUCUAUAUGCCUCCCCAUCUAUUUGGGGUUGACUUGUGCACAAAUCCAAUGGCACACUUGCAUCAGCUGCCAGCUAUUUUGGGUGCUCGGAGAUUUUGCUUCCUGGCACCUUCACUUCAACUACUUGGUGGUCUUGCCAAUUCCUUAGGUUCUUGAAAAGUGUUGUUAUGAUUUGGGAUGGGCUGAAUUGAGAAUGAAGCAACAGUGGUGGUCAUUUUGACUUCUCUCUUCAGGCGUAGGUGGUUGAAAAGUACUCUGGGCAGAGUAUGGGUGUGGGUGCUCAAAUAUGUCCAAUGUCUUUCAUAACCCAAUUGCCAACAGGCAAUAAUGUGUCACAAUUUAGCUGCUAUAGUUGGUGCAUUUACCUUUAAUUUACUCUGUGUUACAGUCAUACAUGCACUGGAAUAGGCCUGAUAGCCAUGUUAAAUUCUAGAAUGUUCUUUAGGCUUGUCUGGAAUGGAAUGGAUAUCAUACUAUGUGUUUUGUUUGUCUUUCAUUUUGUGGAAUUUUUAAACAUCUGUAUGAAAAUAAGUGCUUAUACAGAUCUCAUCCAAAUCUUCUGUGUAAACAAAUCUGUCUAAUAAAAAGGGAUAUUUCCACAUGUCUGUGUACACUUUUUAUAAAUCCUGAUGAAACUACUAUUUGUAUAUGACAAGAUUUGCAUGUGAAUUGCAAAUAAAAUCCUCAGCUACUGCUCCAUA